UGCUUGCCCAGUGCACCGGGAGUGCAGGCUAGGGUCCCUCCACGUCGGAGAGUCGUGUGCCCGUACCGUUCCGGAUUGCCGCUGCCCGUGGUGUUCAGGAACGUCCCCUGAAGCCGGAGACGCAGGCAGACCCAAGAUGACUCACCACCCGUACCAGGAGGACGCAGAGCGUUACCUCUUCGUUGACCGCGGCUACGUGGCUAACCCUGCCGCCCAGGCGGACUGGACCGCCAAGCGGCUGGUGUGGGUGCCCUCCGAGCGGCAUGGCUUCGAGGCGGCGGGCGUAAAGGAGGAGAGGGGGGACGAGGUGGUGGUGGAACUGGCGGAGAACGGGCGCCGGGUCACCGUGGCCAAGGACGAUCUGCAGCGCAUGAACCCGCCCAAGUUCACCAAGGUGGAGGACAUGGCCGAGCUCACCUGCCUCAACGAGGCCUCCGUCCUGCACAACCUCAAGGACCGCUACUACUCCGGCCUCAUCUACACAUACUCAGGCCUGUUCUGUGUGGUCAUCAACCCUUACAAGAACUUGCCCAUUUACACAGAACAGAUUGUGGAGAUGUACCGGGGCAAGAAAAGACAUGAGAUGCCUCCUCAUAUCUACGCCAUCUCGGAGACGGCCUACCGCAGCAUGCUGCAAGAUCGAGAAGAUCAGUCCAUACUCUGCACAGGGGAGUCGGGGGCUGGGAAGACGGAGAACACGAAGAAGGUGAUCCAGUACCUCGCCCACGUCGCCUCAUCUCACAAAGGACGCAAGGACCACACAGCCCCC